ACUAAUUAGUCGAUUCGACGGCGUAAACGGUCAGUCUUCUUGACGAUACGUCAGAAAGAUGGUUCCCUAUAAUCGUCUACUUCUACUUUUAUUCCUCGAAACUUUUAGAACGGCUCCCGUUCAUAACAACGCUCAAGAAAAUGUUGAAAUUCUAAUAAGCAAAUUCGGUAUGAAUAUGGACGUCGCCAACAAAUUUGUUUUAAACUUUUACAAGAGGUUAGAAAGUGGAAAAUCUUUAUCGAAGGCUUCAGGUCAUCCAAGAAUGGACAGAUCAAUAAGCGGUGCUGAUACUUUUCGGACGCUUCCCGUUGAAGCUAAAGAAUUAACAAGGAAUUCCUUGAAGAUAAGAUUCAAAACGAAUCUUGUACCCGGUGAGAAACUCAUCUCAGCCGAAUUAAGAAUGAAGAUCAAGGCUAAUCCCGUUAAGUGGAGCGUUUAUAGGGUUCAAGGAAAUCUAGAGAGCAAAUCGGAUGGGGCAAAAGCAGUUUAUGAUUUGAAAACAAAACCUCUCUCAUCCGACGGCAAUGUUCUUUUAGACUUUACAAAUAUUCUAAAUGGAUUAUUCGAUACGUGGAUAUUUAAAGGAAAUUCAUCGAAUGAUCAACUUACUGUUAACUUCAAUAUUACAAAUCGAUUUAGUUCUCCAAAGAAAGUUGUUCAGAAUGUAUUUGAUAUGGAUAGUUUUAUUUUAGUUAUCUACACAAAAAGACCAAGUUUCGUAGACGAAAUAAACAAGAAUUUUCUAUCAGUUUUACCAACUAAAAAUCGACAAAAAAGAAGAGUUCGAUCGAAAGAUAAAUCGCCUUGUAGUCUUAGAGAUUUUGUUAUCAAAUAUGAAGAUUUAGGACCUCAGUUGGCGGAUAUUGUUUUUCCAUAUACGCAUAAUAUUCGUAUGUGCAGCGGCCAUUGCCAAAUUAAGUUUGUUGCUGGAGAAGAAGCAGAAGUUAUGACUCCUAGAGCAAGAUUACAAUUUCUUGCUUGGAAAUUAGGAGUUUAUAGAGGUCGCAAACCAUGUUGCUCGCCUACCAAGUUGAAAAAAGCAGCUGUUAUUAGGGCUGAUUUUUCUCGAAUGUGGUUACAAACUAUUCCUGAUUAUGUUGCUACGGAAUGCGACGAUAUGGCAUUGGUUAAAUUCACUAAUUGUCGCCUUAUUAGAAAUGGUCAAAUCGAAUGCGAUGACUUGUGGGUACGAAAUGGAAAAAUCAUGAAUCCAGAGAAGAUUUUCUUUGAAGAAAAAGUAAAAGCUGAUGUUUAUAUCGAUUGUCAUAACGUAAUUAUAGCACCUGGUUACAUAGAUGUCCAAAUAAACGGGGCGUUCGGUAUUGACUUUUCAACGGACGUUGACAGAGUUAACGAAGGCGUAAUUAAAGUGGCUGGCGGAGUUUUAAGACACGGUGUAACUUCUUUUUGUCCAACAAUAGUCACAUCUCCCUCAGAAAGUUACAAAAAGAUUAUACCGAAUAUACGCCGCAAGGGAGGCUCAAAGUACGGAGCAGCUGUCUUGGGUAUUCAUAUCGAGGGUCCUUUUAUUAAUAAAGAAAAGAAAGGUGCUCACUCCGAAGAAUUAAUAAGGAGUGACUUAAGCGGAGGAUGGAGUUUACUAGAAGAUAUGUAUGGGAGUCUAGAAAAUGUCUCAAUCUUCACUAUAGCCCCUGAACUACCAGGUGCCCUCAACAUUAUAAAAGAGUUAAGAAAGAGAAAUAUUCGAGUAUCGUUAGGACAUUCUAUGGCUGAUUUAAAUAAAGGCAUAGAGGCUAUCGAACAUGGUGCUAACUUUAUUACUCACUUGUUCAACGCUAUGCUACCAUUCCAUCAUCGUGAUCCUCAUCUUGUCGGUCUCCUGGCAACUGAUCUUCCUCACACUGUCUAUUACGGAAUGAUUACAGAUGGAAUCCAUACUCACUCUUCUGCUAUUAGAAUUGCUCAAAAAACUCAUCCUAAGGGACUUGUUAUAGUUACUGAUGCUACUCCAGCUAUGGGACUAGAGUGUGGCAAACAUCAUAUUGGAACUUUAGAGGUAGAAGUCAAGAAGGAUGGAAGAGCUGUCAUAGCGGGAACCCAGACUUUAGCAGGAAGUAUAGCAACAAUGGAUGAAUGCGUAAGACACUUAAGAAAAGCAACAAAUUGCUCAAUAGUAGAAGCAAUUGAGUCGGCUAGUUUGCAUCCUGCUCAGCUCUUGGGGAUUGAAACUAAAGGCAGAUUGAACGCCGGUUGCGAUGCGGAUUUCGUCUUUUUGGACGAUAAUUUAUUCCCGUUAAGCACGUGGAUAGCGGGCGAGAAAGUAUUUGAUACUUCUACAGUUGAAUAA